UCUCUUCCCCUCUUACCAUAUUGUAGGUCGACUUGGGUAUGGUUCGCGUUCCGUUCAUCAGCCGCCUAUCUCUUCUGGAGUAUUCCGCCCUUGUUCUCGGUUUUCUAUUCCUUACUCUCGAAAAUCUCCUUCGUCUGGUCAUCCUCUUCCUUCCAAAACCUGUCAUCAAUUGGUUCUACCGACGUUCUCGAGCUCUUUUCAAGUACACAGUUGGGCCGCCCAAAGGCAAGACUCCAGAAAAGAAGGCUUCAGAUCGCGUUUUGCACGCCAGAGAUUUCUGGGAGCUCUGCGAUAUAUACGGAUAUACACCGGAGGAACAUGUCGUGUUGACAAAGGACGGAUACCUACUCGGACUCCACCGUCUGCCUUCGAAAGCGGGAGAGCAAAAUACGAGACCAGGAACGAGCACAGGAAAGCCGGUUGUGUAUCUUCAUCACGGUCUCUUGAUGAACAGCGAGAUCUGGGUUUGUCUCACUGACGCCGAACGCUGUCUUCCAUUCACUCUCGUCGAGAAUGGUUAUGACGUUUGGCUGGGAAACAAUCGAGGCAACAAGUACUCCAAGAAAUCAAUACACCAUAAUCCGAACUCGACAAAGUUUUGGGACUUCAGUAUCGACGACUUCGCUUGGCACGACAUUCCUGAUUCCAUACAUUAUAUUCUGGAUAUCACCAAGUCCUCAAAGCUUAGUUACAUCGGUUUCAGUCAGGGUACCGCACAGGCAUUUGCUGCGCUCAGUAUACACCCCCAGCUGAACGAAAAAGUCAACGUCUUCAUCGCUCUUGCACCUGCUGUCAGUCCCGCUGGCCUUGCACAACCUAUCGUUGACGGUCUCAUGAAAGCUUCGCCAACCCUCGUCUAUCUCUUCUUCGGCCGUAAAUCUAUUCUCUCUUCGGCAACGAUGUGGCAAGCUAUCCUUUACCCUCCGUUGUUUGCUUCCGUGAUCGACACUUCGCUCGUCGUCUUAUUCAACUGGCGUAGUCGCAACAUUUCGCAGUAUCAGAAGAUAUGCGCUUACGCACAUUUGUACUCUUUCGCCUCUGUCAAGGCUGUCGUGCAUUGGUUCCAGAUUAUGCGGACAGGUGCAUUCCUGAUGUACGAUGAUGAUUUGUCAAGUAUGUCUCCGGUGGUGAGGACAACAAUGCGCACGUACAGGCCCGCAAGGUUUCCCACGAAGAACAUUGUGACUCCCAUUGUGCUGUUGUAUGGAGACCAGGACAGUUUGGUUGAUAUUGAAGUCAUGGUGGAACAGCUACCGAAGCAUGUCGUUGUUAAGAAGUUGGAAGGAUAUGAACACUUGGACAUCUUAUGGGGAAAGAAUGUACAUAAAGACGUGAUUCCCCAGGUGCUGGAGACAUUGGAAGCCUACCGGGUUCCGCAGAAGAUGGAUAGAAACGGGCUUAACGGCGCUUCAUACGAAUAGAUGUAUUUUAUCAGUUUUCUUUUAGUAUCCUUAUUCGUGUGCACUGUAAUGCCCAACUAUUAACGACGUAUCAUAUUUACACAAUGCAAGAAUCUCAAUUUUUACGUGAG